UGCUUACAAUGCUAAUAUGUAAGACAGGAAGAAUUCUGUGCCCCUUGUGUUUUUUCAGCCCCGUUGUUUUCUUAUAUAUCCUUUUGAUGAUUGCCGCUUAUACUCUUAUUUGUAACUAUUAAAUCUACAGGGAACGAACCUUAUAUUGAAAUGCAACCCAGUUAUUUCCCACCUGAACUGGCCGGUCAUGUUCCAAAGAAUUUGAAUAUAUUGUAUCAUUGCUACUUAAUGGAGCUGGAGCAGAAAUUUGAUAUUCCACUUCAUGAUAUCGUGCUUGUCCUGAGAAACAAGCUAGAAUCUGAACUUGAAAGCUUGCAUUUUGACUUGGAUGUUGACAGGGGUAGUUUGCCAGUGACCUUUAAAUAUGUAGGAGUGCUUAAUCUCAGCAAAGAUCAGGUCCAUUUGUGUACAAGGUUUCAGAAAACUCUUUUAAGAGUUCUGAGAUUGAAAAUUUUAAACGAGCGUAUGGAUGGAGAUAUUUUGGGAGCUGAGACUGAUUAUCUUUUGCUCCCAGCCACUGGAAAGCAUCAGAGAGAGAAACAUAUUGUUUGGAAGAUAUGGGGUGACAAAUUGUUGCGCGAGCACGAAGUGAAUAAAAGGGAAGAUAAAGUACGAGAGAGAGAGAGACAACUCUGA